AUGUAUCCCUGGAGUGAGAGCCUCAACUCUUGGGGUCUUGGAACGGGACUAAAAAUCGAUGCCCUCGGUCUUGUUACGCUCCUCGGAGCGGAGGAGAUGGACCGCAGUAUCGGGCGACUCGUGCCGAGCAUGUACCUCAAAUACCUGCCGGUGUUUGGUGCUUUUGUGGUGGCUGGAAACCGAUUCACCACAAAGAAACCCGGAUUCGUUCUCUACAACAUAUCAGCGGGAAUUAUGACCACCGAGCUUGCCGGCUGGUUUUCGCGAUGGCUCCAGACACAGGACUUCAAACAAGUCCGAAGUAUUGUCACAUGGCAGGUCGUGGAGCAGCCGCGCAGAUGGAGAGAGUUCAUCGUCGGCUUCUUGCUCGUUGGGUUGCCGGUCCACGGGAUGCUCAUUGCCCUGACUGUGUUAGCCGCGGACUGGUGGGGAUUUGCCAAUGUGAUAGCCAUGGCCAUUUCAGUGGUAGUGCGAUGUAUACUGGUAGCACAAAAUCGGGCCGGAAUCGAUGCGAACAUCCUGAAAGCAGAAGAAGCAGCCCAAUGUUACCCGGCUAAGAGAGUCAAGUAUGACGAGUCAAUGAAGAGACUCGAGAACCUUCGCCAGAACGGGCCUGCCAUGAAGGGGGCCAAAAUACCCAUUGAGCCUCAAGACCCAAACAAAAUUGCCAAGGUGAUUGUGUUGACAGAGGACUCGAAAGUCGUCACUCUUGCAGUCCCCGCGUAUCUGCCGAAAUUCGCAUUUGCAGUUAAUCCCCAGCCACCAAACCGGUACAUUUAUCGGGCGUGCCAAUGGAUAGGCUGGGCCGCCUUUGCGGUGCAUGUCAUCAGUAUCGGAAUGGCAGCCUUGUACACGCAAAUCGUGUCAGUGGUGGUGAUUAUCGUUGCUACAGUCCUCACGGCCCACCGAGUUGGCUGUGAAGACUCCCAAAUAUGGGAAUCAAUUCGAAGUCACAGGGGCCAUGACAAUGAAGUCCAAGAAAAUAGUUGCUGGGUUAGCUCAAAACUCAAGGCCACCAUAUCUAUGUACCCCGAGGAGUAUAUGGAUUGGCCUGAGUUGGAGGAACAAAAUCCCUUUACGGUGCAUGUAGGCAGUAAAGAGAAGAUUGGCGAACCGUCAUGGACCAGACCGAUAGGUCUCUCAGACUUGGAAUCGACUCCGAUCUCAAAAAAGAAGAAACCCGAAAGUCGGCAGGACUUACUUGCUUGGCUAGAUUUAACGAAGGAGGAAGACGAAGUGCUGAUUGCUUGGGGGCUCAUACCACAUAACCGGGAAUGGCAAAAUGCAUAUUUAGAGAAAAAGGAUAUACACCGCAGGAGAUUUGGGAUGAUAGCAUUGGAAUCCGCCCAUUGA